CUCGCUCAAUCUGUCUCCCUCGUGCCGCCGCCUCGCUAGGGUUCGGCUCCACCGUCGCCGCCGCGCCCCGCGACCGCCUGCCAUCGCCGCGCGCCGCGCGCCGCGACCGCCUGCCGUCGCCGCGCACCGCGACCGCCUGCCGCCGCGCACCUCGACGGCCUGCCGCCGCCGCCACCACCGCCAUCCCGGCGCUUCCCACCUUCGGCCUUUUCCACGAUGCUCCGUCUCCGGCCGUCUUCCCUGACUCCCAGGCAGCCAUAGUCCGAGCUCAUCUACCAUGAUUCCCUGACAUCGACCCCCGAGCCUCUUUCCCAUCAAUUCUAGGGCUAGGCCAUUCGCCGCCUUCCACAAUCCAUAUCUUCAUUGGCACCCUUUCACUUCCGUCAUGCCAAUGCCCGACCAUCCUUCUCCGUGUGGCCGCCACCCCCAAAUCCUCUUGGGUAAAACAUGUUUAGUGGGCGAGUUGAAAAAUUCCACUACCGCAAAAUCCAAGAAUAGCAAAGGGGUUCACUUGGAGGUUUCAUUUGAAGCAGUUGACCCUCCAGCCAUCUCACUGUGCCUAGUCAGCUGCGUUGAUCAGACCGGGGAUCGCUUGGCAACACAGCCUCGUAUACUUGGUGUAACUGGAGGCUUUGUACUGCUGGCUAUCACCUUCUCGGACAGUGUCAACCGUUACUUGCGGUUCAUCGACUAUUUUUUUUACAAAGCAGGGCCCGAUUUCGCCUCUCUUCAUCUUAUUGCAAGGCCAUACCCGUCUUCUUUUUCGCCAAACAUGGCUGCCAUCUUGCCUGUUAGUGAUAACAGUGAAGACUUUGCUGUCAUUUUCCCACAUGUUGAAUAUUUCAGACUUGAGUCUCACAAACAUUACACACUCCACAUAUAUCGAUCCGACACGAAUGAUUGGCACUCUCAGGUCGCUUGUAUCGCUGAGGAUAAUGAGACAAGGAAUGCUAGGGGUAAGCUAUUGCUUCAUAAUGCCAUGAGCGUGGCAUAUUCAGAAAAGGGUAUCAUAGGUUGGAUUGAUCUCUGGUGGGGAAUUCUCUUAUGCAAUGUUUUGGAUAAAAAGCCUACCAUCCGUUUUGUUCCGUUGCCAGUUCCAGAACCGUGUGAUACGUCUGAGUUCCAUUUGAUGUUCGAGAAUCUCACUCCAAGACCACACCGUCAUGUGACGAUGUUCAAUGAUUUGAUCAAGUGUGUUGAGUUAGAUUUUCAUGUGCAAAGUGCUUUCUGCAACAUGAAGCGAGCAAAGGAUUAUGGCUGGAUGGCUAAAACAUGGACUAGAUCAAUUUAUUCAGAUGUUUGGUGUGAUGGCUUGACGAUUGAUACGUCUGAGAUAUCUUUCACCGACUCAAGUUUGCCGAAUUUGUUGCCUUUGAUGUUUGAUGCGGAAAACAAUUUGACUUGGAAGAAAUUGACUAGUGCUGGUCCUACAUUAAGCUUGUUUGAUGACAAUGUUAUUUACAUUAUGGCGAAGGAGAGCAUGUGCCAUCCGACAGCAUAUGUACUUACUGUGGACACCAAAAGUUUGAAGCUCGAGUCUGGUGCGUAGUGUGCUCCUCAAAUGACGGCGUGGUUUGAACCAACAUAUGAACCGUGUGUUCUUUUUAGCUCUUUUGGCAUGACUUCAGAGUUGGUUAAAGAAUUUGAAACCAAAGGGACAAUAUUUGAAAUCAAGGAAGGGCCGGUGCUCUCGGUGUUGUCGAAGCGUCUCCGUGUGCUGCGGAAGAAGCAGAAUCGCAUCGCGCAGAUGGAGGAGUCCGUCGCUGCCGGCAAGAUGCUUAACCAGGAGCAGAAGGAGCUCAUGCACUCCAAGCCCGUCAUCGCCGCGCUCAUUGACGAGCUUGAGCGCCUCCGCGUACCACUCUCCACCGCUCUCACCAAGGAGCUCUCCACUGUCCCUGCACCUGCUGCCGGUUCCUCAUCCUUUGGCUCCGAUUUGUCCAUCCAGGACCUCCUUGCGCUCAUCUACUUCGGCUCCCUUUUUUAUGUCAAGUCACCGAACGAGUUCAUCGCCACCAUGGUUGCGCGCAAGCACGAACGGAGCAGCUGCAUCACCCACGGCUACGUAUGGGAUGAUACCGUGGACCUGCUCGUGGAGAACGACCUUGACGCAGUGUCUGCUGUGGCGGCCCUUGCCGCGGCUCGCCCUUCUUCCGCAGAUCGUGUCUCCCACCACGACGCACUCCAGGCCUGUGCCCAUCAUGCCCGCCUAUGGCUAACCCGUGCUGAUGCGCCAAUCCACCCUGGCUCCUCUGUUACAUAUGCUGCGGUGAGGUCCAAGUUAGACAGGAUCAUGGCAUCAGACUACUACACAGCACCUGCAGUUGCUGGGAACCAUGGAGCUGAAGGUCUGCAGGCACAGAUGAGCAUGACCGACUCACCAGAGGCACCAUCACUCUUUAGUAAUUUAAUAGUAUAUGCUUAUGCUCCUAGUAUUAUUAUUAUCAUCAUUGUUGCUGCUGGUGGUGCUUUUUGUGCUGAUUCAGUAGUAAUGAUCAAUGUGGAUUAUAGCUUUAACUGGAAAACUGAGGACGAGGAAGAUUCCUCGCAUGCCAUAGAAAUCGACAAUGAUCAUCAGUCUAAUGCAGCCGAUUUGCAAAAUGUGGAUGGUAAAACCCUGGUGAACCCUCAUGUGGAAUAUCGCGUGGCUGAGGCAGAGCAGGAGAAAUUUGAUGUGAAAGAACAAGAUCAGAUGUAUGCCGAGCCAAAAAAGCGUCAGUUUCAGCACCCUCGACAAUCUUAUCAGAACCAGCGAGGUGGUGAUCGUGGCAGGAGGGGGGCCUACCCUAAUGGCCGCAGCGGGCAUGGAGGCGGCCGUGGCAUGGGCAACAGAUACGAGAAUGGGUGUGGAGGUGGUGGUGGUGGCGGCCGUGGCAUGGGCAGUGUUUACGAGAAUGGGCGUGGAGGUGGUGGUGGUGGAUACCAAGGAGGCGGUGGUGGUGGCUGUGGCAUGCGCAGCGGAUACGAAAAUGGGUGUGGAGGUGAUGGUGGAUACCAGAAUGACCGGGGUUGUGGUGGCGGAUACCAGAAUGGCCGGGAUGGUGGUGGCAGCAGCGGGUACCAGAACAGCCGGGGUGGUGGUGGUGGCAGCAGCGGGUACCAGAACAGCCGGGGUGGUGGUGGCGGGUACCAGAACGGCCGGGGUGGUGGUGGCGAGUACCAGAAUGGCCGGGGUGGUGGUGGCAGCGGCGGGUACCAGAAUAGCCGGGGUGGUGGUGGUGGCAGCGGGUAUUACAACAACAACGAUGGGUACUACCAGCCGAGGAACUUUAACAACAGGGGCAGGGGCGCAGGGAGGUGGCCAUGCGGACACCAAAAGGAUUGAGGCAAUGGCAUAUGUGGAAGUCUGGGAGCCAUUUUGUUAUUAUAGAACUACGGAGUACUCUCUCCAUAAACUAAUAUAAGAGCGUUUAGAUCACUACUUGAGUGAUGUAAAUGCUCUUAUAUUAGUUUACAGAGGGAGUAAUAACCUAGCCUGUCGGUAUGUCGCAAUCCAGUCUGUCCCCAUUUGCGAGUUAUUUUGUUGCUCCAAUGAGUGCAUAAUGGUUGGUUGGUAAAUGUGGAAUCUCGCUGAAAGUAGCUUCAGGUCAUAUAUGUUCGUUCGGUUGUGUUGCUUC